CCUGAGUGGCCAGCAUUACUGCACAACCUGUGUUUUUUCCACUGUGCUAGCCGCUUAAGAUCAAUGUAUGGAAUUUCAGCAGGCUGGAAUUGUCCAGACACGAUGCGUUUUGACUGUAAAGAAUUAAUGGAGGGCAUUAAAGUGCUUAAAGAUGAAUUCAAAAACAGUGAUAAUGAAGGUGGAGGAAAUGCUUUAUCCUGGACUGCCAUGAGAUAUCUGCUUUCAGAGAUUAUUUAUGGCUGCAAUGUUUCAGAUGAUUUAGAUAUGACAGUUUUAUCAUCAAUGAUCGAUUACUGGAUUAGCAUUAACGCUACAAAGCGAGACAAUGAACUCACUAAAUUAAGGUUCAAGAUUCCAGCAGCUUUCUUUAACACUGAAAUAAAUCUUGCAUCUCUGAAACAAGCAUUGGAAUCCAUCUCUCCAUAUUCCCUGGAUGCUCCAGAAUCCUUUCACAUGCACUCAUCACCACUGGUUCCUUUUGGUGAACAAAACUAUGUUAUCACAAGUUUAAGGCAACUUUAUGAUUCUCGGACUGCAUACAGGCAUUGGGUUCAGUCUGCAAAAACACAAACCUCCCAAAAAGGUGCAUCAAAAUGUCUACAUUAAUUUAUGCUAUAGUCC